CUCUCCUGUUAUCAGAGUUUAAUAAGAAUGGACGUAGGUGAGGAGACUUUACAAUUUGGUCGGAUCCUACUUCCAAACUACUAGAACAGAUCCCUACAUGGUCCCUAAUGCAGACUGAUAAGGCGCUAGGAACUUUUACCAGGCAUGUAGCAAGAGAGAGGUCUGUAAGAAGGUUCAUGCAGUGUACUUGCGGCCCAAGACUGUUGACGUUGUAUACAGUAGUAGCCUCUCUACUGUCGUUUGGGCUGAGUCUUGUCAGGCAGGAAAGCACCUUGCUGUCCUCUCACAGCCUGUCUUCAUCGCUGACCAGUGCCCACUGUUCAGCAGCUUUCAUAUUUGCCGUGCAUCACCUCAUUUGCAGCUGUCGUUCUCCAUUGUCACGUUGGACGUGUUUAUUACGUUGUCCUCGUGUGGUCAGCAGCCUCCUUUCUAGUUGACUGCCACCAUGUUGUAUGUGUUUCUUGUUGAGUUAGGCCAGAUGCUAACCAUUGAUACUUGCUACACCACUGAGACGGUCUCUGUCCUCAAGUCUCAUGUUGCCAGGUUAUGUAGAAUUGCUCCAGACAAACAGGUGAUGUUGGUCAGUGGUGGAAUUAGUUUGGACAAUAGCUGUCGUGUUGGGCACUACUGUGCUGGAACUGACACUAACCCAAUCUUUGUAUUCAGUAAAGUAACCAUUGAAGCUAAUAUACCACCAUCUCCCUGUAUCAACUAUGGCACAGACAAAGUCCUUACAGAUGCCAUCAGUGAAGUUGUACUUCUACCAGCCACUCAUGAGACAGUUUCAGAUGCUUACAAACUGGCUAAGGAAACAGUUGAAUGUGAUAAGAGUCGUAUGGAAGCCAGUGAACGUCUGAUACAUGACCAGCACUUGCAGCAGCAAGGAUGGGCAGCGGCUAUCGCCAAUCUUGAUGACCAUCUGGCGUCUUUCAAUAGAAGAGUGGAAAAAUUCCAAAGUACCUGUAAUAUAUUUCUAAAGACACAAGAAGAAUCCCUUGAAAUGUUAUCAAAUGUUCCAGGGAUUUUAAGACUUCUUGGCCGUAUUCCACUGUUAAACAGUCUUCAGACGUUAGUGUCCAGUCCUCUCUCACAAACUAAUCCUGUUGAACCUGCUAUGCUUGAAGAUGUUAGUGAUAGUGGUGGUCAUCGUUCACCUUCCUUGCUAGACUGGAUAUAUCAACAGGACCCUCGCAGCAGUUUAGAAGAUAUGGUUGAGCAGUGUAGAGUGAUUUCUGAACAGAUAAGUCAGAAGAAUGUGGAGAAGUUAAUGCAGGAGAUUGAUGAUAUGCUCAAAUUUAUUGACCGUCCUGACAUGAAGGAGGUGAAAGGUCUGGAGAAUCGCCUCUACCAGUUGGACCACUUGAUAACCAACACUCGUACCAUAAUGGAUAAACAGACCAAGUUCUAUCAGAAAUUUUCCAGCCAGUUAGAAACGACCAGCAGAAUGGACUGUGAGUGCCUGUCGGAGUACUGGAAGAACCACAAGAAGGAUCUGAUGGAUCUCUCCGAGGGACACAAUCAAAUUAAAAUAUUCAGGAAGAGAUGCUGCAAGGCCAAAGAAGAACUCAGCAAGAACCUUCAUGUUCGCCUUCAAUGGGUCAUGUAUGUGGAGCAGCUGAUUAUGGAGAAAGAGAGGAAGAUAAAGAUUGAGUCUGAAAAGAUCAAAAGACAACGCAAACAUCUGAAGAUUUUACAGCAAGUGCAUGAUUCAGCCAAGAUGUACAUUAAUGCUUUGGUGGAGAUAAUACGUCGCAAGAACUAUUCCACACAAUUCCUAACUUGGGCCAGAAAUGUUGCCGCUACAUCACAUUCUCUGUAUAUAGGUGAACUUCAAGACAGACAGAAUUUCUCAGAAACAUUUAAUAAACAUUUCAUUCAGUCCCUGUUCCAUGGCUUACAUGAUGAACCAUCAAAGUUUGCUACAACCCCUCCACGUACUUUCGAUCACAACAUCCCAGAGAUUACAAGUGAUGACAUUGAAAAACUGAAAACAGCUGUUCCAGAAUUAGCUAGUUCACUCAUAAUGCCUCCAAAGAAAAAUCUUUAUAAUCAACUUUGUGUGAAUGUCAGUAAGCAAGUGUUUCAAGAUCUUCGUAACAUUUCUCCGGAGUUGGUUGAAGAUAGGUUAUCCUUAAAGCUGACCAACAAAGAAGAGCAGAAGGAAGAAGCCAGCCAGUCAGUAUCUGCCAUUGAUGCUGCUACUGCUACAUCUCAGAACAUCUGUCCAUUUACUAUUGUCAACUCACCACAUACUCAGAGUAAUGACAGUUAUUGCCAAACCCCCCCUGUUGAUUUUGGCACGCAUUCAUCUGAUGCAGCAGCUGUUGCCAUUGAUGAAGAUUUUUGCAUAGAUAAAGAGGAUUUAAUGAUGAAAUCUGGAUCUCCUGCUAAACAGGUUGGUGAUGCACAAGCGGGAACCAGUGACAGCUACCGUCUCUCCUGUGACACCGAUGCAGUCAAUCAGAGCGUUGAACAGAGCAGUGAGAGUGUUUCAAGUCGAAGACAUCACUGGAAAGGUCAUCUGGCAUCAGACACCUCUCCUGAAGUGGAAACUUCACAGGAAUUCACAACAGCUGAUUUUUACUUUGAUGAAUCUAUGCCGUCAUCUAUUGAAGCUCCGUUACAUAAGGGAAUACCAAAGGAAGACCUACAGAAGAUGCUGCAGGAGAAGUGUGAACUGUCGGAGAAACUCUCUCGAGAACUGCAAGCCUGUCGUGCCAGCUUUGGUGUCACGUUAGACAAACUGAAGGCUCUUAAAAACACCACGGAACGCAGCCUGCCAGAGUUCCGCGAACAACUGUGUGAACUACAUGAACUGAUGCGGCAAAAUCAAAUUGAUUUUAUAAGAAAUGCAAGUCAUGUCGAGGAAAACCUCAUGGACGCUAUCCGUAUGUUCAAUGAAAAUAAAGAUAAAGAGCGUGCUGAUAAUUUCUUGGCUUUCCAGAAAGAACACGAAAUUGCACUCCAGAUGAUGACUGAAAAAUUGGGUAAGGCCAAUGAACAGAUUAAGGAGAUGGAACAAGAAAACAGUGCUCUUGAAGAGGAGCUGAGGCAGAAUAAAAACCAGUGUGAGUUGCUUAGUCAAAAGAUAAGUUUCCUGGAAGAUGAGAAAGAGAAAAGUUUAAAGCAGUUAAGUGAUAAAUGUCAGAAGGAGAUGGAGGUGGGGCUUGAUAAGCAACGCAGUGAGUAUGAAGGUCUCCUUGCACAGAAAAAUGAGGAAAUGUCGCAGGUAUCAAAUAAUCUGGAAUGUGCACAGUGCAGGGUGGAUCAGUUAAUGCAAGAUAUAUCUAACAUGUCUGACACUUUCUCUGAGACAAACAAGAAAGAGAAAGCUGAGCUGAUUGAGAAACUAGAAAGCAGUUUCAUGUCUGAGAAAAUGCAAGCUGUUGAGGAAGCAAAGCAGCUGCUGAUUAAAGAACAUACCGCUUCCUUAGAAUCCCUGAAAUUGGAUUAUGCAAACUUAGAUGAGGAAUAUAAGUCGAUGCAAUCCAAGUUAAAUGCGGAGAAAGAGCAGGCAUUACAUUCACUACAUUGUGAACUGUCCACCACUCUUAAUGCUGCCAUGUCUGAGCUGAACCAAAAUCUCACUUCCAAACUGACUGAGUGUGAGGCCAACUUAAAACAGACUCAAGCUGAGCUGCUAGAAUACAGGCAGCUUGCUGCUCGGCCAAAACAGUGUGAUGGUCAGUGUCAGACUUCCGAAUCUGUGAUAAGUGUAGCUGAUUUUGAGCAAAAACUCAGGGAAUCCACUAGUGACUAUGGUACCAAACUUGAAGCUGAGAAAACGGCAAGGCAAGAAGAGUCUUUAAGGCACCAGCAAGAGUUAAAGCAACUUCGAGCCAGUUUGGAGGCAGAAUAUGAAGAGAAGCUCAAUGUUCAGAGGAAGUCUUUAAUAGCAGAGAAACAGGUUAUCUUCAACCAAGCCCUAGCCAAACUCACUACUGAGAAGGACCAGACAAACAAGGAACUCCAACAACAGAUUGAAGAAUUGACUGCAAAUAUAAAUGAUCUCAAACAGGAGGAGGAAGUGUCCAAACAAAACAAUGAGGAAAUCAUUAAAGAACUCGCAGAAAAAUUAGAGGAGAAGACAAGCAAUGAAGACAGACUGGAAAAUGAACUAAAAUCAGCCAUUGCUAAGGUGGCUGCCACAGAAAGCAGUAAUAGGAGGGUUUCAUCUGAGGAGAACGCUGAUGAAGGAUAUGAAGAAGAAUCUGUUGAUAAACUGAAAGCUUUGAAGAAGACAAUCCGAAGUAAAGAUGAAAGAAUAGAAAAACUGCAGUCAAAAGUGAUGGAGUUAUCCAUGAGUGCCAGUGUUUUUGACCAAGAUAAAGUUUCCAUCACAAGUUUCCAGUCUGGAGACCUGGUGCUGCUCUGUCUGGAUGAGGAACAUGGACAUUAUGUAGUAUUUACUGUAGGGAACACUUUACAUUUCCUACACACAGACUGUCUUGACAACCUAGGGUUGCGAUCACGUAUGAGUACACCCCGUGAACCCUGGGUGUUGGGAAUUAUCACAGACAAGGAAUACUGCAUUGCUAAAAAAUACCAGAAUCGGUAUCGUGUACCAAUGGGCACCAAAUUUUACCGUGUACGAGCUAAACCCUGGCCAAAGGACCCACGGCUGACCAGAGAAAAUAGUGGACAAGUUCCGUCAGUGCUUGGCUCUGUGGGCAGCAGUCCUCCCGCUUCAUUAAGCAGCACCACCACUACCACCACCAGUGGCAGCACAGCCUCCUGAAAGAAACUGCUUUGUCUUUUCCUUGCUGAGGAUGAGACUAAUCCUUUCCAAGAGAUUCCAUGAAAACAAUGCAGCAGGUUCCUCAUGCUAGGGGUACCUUUUAUUUUGUGGUUGCUCUACCACUGCCUCUUCUUGUCUAUCUUUCUUUCUCUCUCUCUCUCUCUCACACACACACACCUGCUGCAAUGUAGUGUUGCCUGUUAUCCGCUGGUCAGUGACUUGUGCAGUGGUUAUUUUAAUUGUUGUACAGAUUUACAUAUAGUUAUUCUUAAGCUGAAAAUAAUAAAUAAAAUCAAUACAAUACACUUUGA